GUGACCGGGGUUUAUCCACUGACCUUUUGAUCCAGGGUCUUGAAAUGGUCACGUGACAAUUCUCAGCUUCACGGCAUGUAAAUGUGGAGAAUCAUAGAGUUAUCACGUGACUUAUAUGCCCUCCGGCGUCCUGUUUUCAGAUUCCACCGUCUUGAGUGGUGUAAAUUGUGUUAUUUGACAUAUUCGCACGGUUUUGUCUGUUAUUGUGUUGUUAUAUGCUAUCAUUUACGGCCUUGUUCCAAGUGGUUGUGCUUUAAGACCUAUCAAUUUUUAUAUUUACACUGAAUAAGGUCAAGGUUUAAUUUGAAAUGGCCAGAUUUCUUUCACCCAGUCUGAGAAGACAUCCGGUUAUCUCAUGUCCGCUUAAUUUCAUGUCAUGUCAAUUCCCACGGCUGUCAAAGAGCAUUACCAAUGCUGCAAGUUUUUCAUCUCAACCUACCAGACAGUUCGGGCUGUCAGCAAGUUCGUCAUCGGAGUUUCGCCCACCCCCAUCUCAGAUGCUGAAGCUCACGGACAUUGGAUCUCGUCCUCUGUUCAAUUCUGAUCAUGACAUAUUUAGGCAAGCUGCUCGCAAGUUCUUUGAUGCUGAGGUUAAGCCAUAUCACGCACAGUGGGAGAAAGAUGGGCAGGUUUCCCGAGAAGUUUGGCUGAAGGCCGGAGAGCAAGGUCUCCUCGGGGUCAAUACCCCGGCCGAGCACGGAGGCAUCGGAGGCGACUGGCUGGACGCUACUAUCGUCCUCGAGGAACAGGCAUAUAGCACGUGUAGCGGGCCUGGCUUUGCGAUACAUAGCGACAUUGUGAUGCCAUACAUCUCUCACUAUGGCACACCGGAGCAGAUCCAGCGUUACAUUCCGGGACUGACGGACGGUACAAAGAUCGGCGCUAUCGCCAUGACCGAACCGGGAGCGGGCAGUGACCUUCAAGGAAUUCGCACAACGGCAGUGAAGGACGGCGACGACUACAUCCUGAACGGCAGCAAGGUAUUCAUCACCAACGGCUACAUGUGCGACGUGGUGAUCGUGGUGGCCAUCACCAACCCCUCGGCCAAGUCGCCCGCUCACGGCAUCAGCCUCUUCCUCGUGGAGGAGGGCAUGCCCGGCUUCCGCAAGGGCAAAAAGCUAAACAAGAUGGGCAUGAAGGCGCAGGACACUGCCGAGCUGUUCUUCGAGGACGUGCGCCUGCCCAAGUCGGCCCUGCUGGGGAAGGAGAACGGCGGCUUUUACCAGCUGAUGCAGGAGCUGCCGCAAGAGCGUCUACUCCUCGGCAUCAGCUCUAUGGCUGCGAGCGAAUGGGCCUUUGAGGAGACCCGCGAGUACCUUCUCAAUAGGAAGGCCUUUGGCAAGACACUCAGCAACCUGCAGACGAUUCAGCACCGUCUGGCGGCGAUGAAGACCGAGCUGGUUGUGAACCGCGCCUUCACCGAUCAGUGCAUCGAGCUGCACAACCAGGGCAAGCUGGACGGCGCCAUGGCCUCCAUGUGCAAGUACUGGAUCACGGACCUGCAGAACCGCAUCACUUACGAGGGUGUGCAGCUGCAUGGUGGCUGGGGCUAUAUGUGGGAGUACCCUAUCUGCAGAGCAUACGUCGACGCCAAGGUGCAAACAAUUUAUGGAGGAAGUAAUGAGAUUAUGCGAGAACUGAUAGCCCGGUCCAUAGUGUCGAAGAAGUGAGCUCGGAGCUAUGGAAGUAACGUUUUAUGGUGAAAAGGUGAAGUGCAAUAUGUCAGCAUAGAUUUGUUGCAGAAAUGCACGGGAAAUUGAAUGUCUAUAGACAACGUCGCCAUGUUAUGUAGAAAUAUGUGAUGACUGAUGAUAAUCCUCUUCUGUCAUGGAUUCUGCUCUUGCUUGAUGCCAACGCAUUAAAACAUCGAAUUAUUCUCACACUGCCGUUGAUAAGGUAGGUACCGUAAACGGGGGUGACUUUGCCAUGUUUUCAACUUUAGACGCUUGUAUUAUUUAAACUUGUUAACGCAUUGGGAUGACUCUAUGUUCAAAACACGGAUGAAGAUUAGGUCUUUGGUUUUUGCUAUAAUCGUAAUUUAUAUCUUGCCUGAAAAUGUUAAUUUUUAAAGAAAAUGAGUUGUGGCAAAGUUAAACUGAAAAAGGGGUGACUUUGCCACUAUGCCAAAUGAUGGUUUUUUAACGCUAACAAAUAUUUAUCAAACAUUUUUUUCAGUUGUAUGGGGAAGGGCAACGAUCCUUAAUUGUUUGAUGGGAAAAAUAUAAAGUAAUUCGAUGUUUUUUGCUCUUAAAUGAUGUACAAAAAGGAGAGAUACAUUACUUUUAUAAUACAUUAUACUUGUUGAAAAUAAUUGAGAUUUUAUGGUAAACAGAAACUGAAAAAUGGUUCAGAUUGUAUCGGUACUCUAGGACCUUGCCGCUUUCUUCCAGCGGCAUUCAGAGGAACAGAAAGAGGACGUUCUUGCGGCAACUUUCCGGCAACCUUAUUAUCAGUGUUUUGAUCUAUAAAAUGGUACAUAUUUCUUCAGCCAGUCAUACUGGCCAACUCAGGAAAUGUAGACGAUCUUGACUGUGCUGAAAAAAUGGGCCCAGCUUCAUCCAUUUUUUUAUUUUGGUAAUUUUUGCUUUUCUAUACUACCACUGUGCAUUCCUGUGUUAAUUUUCAAUAUAUAAGCUUUUACUUUCUAAAAACCAAUUUGGAGAUCAAAAUGCUGCUACCUUAAAAUAUUAUUUUGAAUUGCAUUGGAUAAGUAUUUCAUUUUUGCAUUGAUAACAUGGUGGCAAAGUCACCCCAUGUUGUCUGUGAUUCACUUGGAAAAAUCUCCACCAAAAAUUUUAGCUAAAUGAAGGGACAAAUGCCAGUUUUGUUGGAUAUGCUAACUAAACAGUAUUGUCAUGAUCAAUCAUACCAAGUUUCAGCAUCGCAGUUCGUCUGAAACAUGAUUAGAUAAUAAGAAGUUCUGACCUCUUCAAAUUUGACCAUUUCAAUGACUCCAAUAAAGUGGAGUCCAAUUAGGCAUUUAGUGGUAAGUUAUCUCUCAGUGUUGGUUAUAUUGGAAGGCCCAUCAAUUAUCUUUCAUGCGUGCAUAAAACAGUAUUACAUUCUUCGUAAAAUAUCACUGGAGAUCUACCUAAAGGCUUUUUCGAGAAGCAUGGCAAAGUCACCCCGCAAGGCAAAGUCACCCCCGUUUACGGUACCUGCUAAUUAAGCAUUUUCAAAUAGUUUUCAUUUUCAUAAUUUAUAGCAUAUUUGGUAACUAGCCAGAACAAAUAUUUUAUGGAUAACUUGACCAUUUCCGAACGAUAGCCUGUUAACCAUUCAGCACUCCAGCGUGUCUGUCGUAAGGUUGUCUUUUUAUCUGUGCUUACACCAACUGUCUUCGAAUGUCAUUGAUUUAUUUGAUAUCUUGGUAUGUCAAAGGUGCAUGUGCUUAAAUGACCUCGAUGGCAGCUCCUUUUAAGAAAACUAGUGCUUUUGAAAACGUAGCUUUUUGAAGUCUUUGCGGUUCGUGGUGAUAAAUAUCUAGAUACAUAGUACAUACCUCCUAAGUUUCGCAUCCAAUGUCGAUGUUGUUAGUUGAAUUAGAUAUUCAAGCUGUAUCUCUUUUUAGUGUGAUGAAAUAAACACGUUCAGCAUGUG